AUGGGAAAGAAGCAACGACAAGCCGCUUCACAGGUAUCUUCCGAUUUUUGUUUGUCAUCCCAAUUCCCGUUUUUGAAGGGUGGAGGAGGAGUCGCUGCGCAGCGAAAUGUGAUGGCAGCCAAGGCUUUGGCCAGCAUCGCGGACACCGUCAGAGAAGGUUGAAAUGAUUUUUUUAAUAGUUCUAUUAAUGUUGAAAAUAUUUGGUUGAAAUAACGGAGUAGUUUAUUCAUGUAUAUUUAAGCAUCUUUAACAGAAAUGAUAUAUUAGCCAAAAAAAUUUGAAUUAUGAAUUUUUUUCUUCUUAUUAUUUAUUAUUCAUGGUAAUUUUCAUUCUGUAAAAGAGUUUGGAAUAUCUUAAACUCUAGAAGUAGACAUGGAAGAAUGUUUUUGUUUUGAUUUUCCUGUUAUCUUAAAGUAUCAGACAAAAAAACUUUCAAGGAAGAUUCGAGUGCCUGUGCCAAGCCAGGAUCCAUGCCCUGGUGCUGAACUGCAUGGGCUGUGGACGGAUAGUCUGUGCCCAGGAAGGCAGCGGACCUUGCUUCACUUGCGGAACUCUGGUCUGCACUCGAGAGGAGCGCGAAGUUCCAACAGACCAACAAAAUGUUGAGAAUCAAGCUUUUCUCAUCCAGGUUCUCGAUAGAGGCUCGCGUAAAAGUGCUGAGUUGCUAGCCAAGCUGAACGCCGCCGGCAGAUGCGUCGGCGGCACGUCGGACCUCAGAUCGAUAUCGCAGGCUCUGGAAGACGCGACGCGAUUCCGCAACAAAUUGCUCGAGGCCGACGCCGACACGUACAGUUCUCCGUGUGAUGUUUGAAGCAGGAAGGUUCCAGGGAACGGAGGACGCGAGUGAACGACCUUCAGAGCGACUAUUCGCGAGAAGCUGCCAGUGGUUUCCUGACGGCUCAGGUCCGUUUCCCUGACUAAUCAUUCAUCUAAAUGUUUUGUAUAAGUUUCUAGGCUCUUCAAUUGGUGUGGGGAGAUUAUACACUUUGCGAUUUUUUGUAACUCAAGAUUAUUCACCCACUGAACUUUUUCAACAAUAGCUUUUUUUUCAAUGUAAUUCAGGAAAGAGCCAACUUGAUGAUGCGACAGGAGCAACUGAAGGAAAUGCGAAAAAAGCAACGAGCCAUGUUCGUUGUGGACAUCGACAUUGAGAACGAAACCGUCAGACAGAAGGUUUUCUUUUGAACUUCUUUGGUUGAAGAUUGAGAUCAAAAAAAAAAGCAAUCACCUACUAAUCUCCUUUUUUGCGAAGCCCAGAACUCUUGAAUAAAAUUUAAAGCGACCUUCCCUUCGGAAUACUAUUUUGAGAAGCGAAACUUUAUUUUUGAACGGACUAUCUUUCAGGACAUGAAAGUCGCUGUUGACAUGGAAAUGAACGAUCCGGUGAUACGAAGCAUUCUCGAGAAGUAAUUGGUCAUCGGUUUGCAAGGUGGAAUCUGAAUCCGUUGCAGAGGCGAUGAACGACGUCGGGCCGAAGAAGUCGCCCACAACGCCUCGAUCAACGCCCAGUGGUCUCCGGUCGGCUUCGUACCCAAGGUGAAGAUCUCAGCCUUUUUCUUCAUCGACGGAAUGUUGAAGUACGACGAAGAGAAGGGCACCGACUUCUCUUCUUGUUUGGACGAAGCGGAUGACGUUGAGCGUCUGAUCGCCGUCAGCCUCGCUCUCAGUGUCCAGGAGACGGAAAAUUCCGGAGUUUCUUUCGCAGUUUCCCAGCCAGCCGCCAGCUUCGUCGCCCACGGCCUAAUAAAGUAUGGCAAAAAAUGAAAAGACUUAUUAGGUCUCUGAGAAGUUUUUCAAAUUGUAAUAAUUGCUUCUUAAAUCUAAGUCUUUUUGGUGGAAAAAUAGCUUCAACAGUGAAAGUUUUAUAUAACUUCUGAAAUAUUAAAAAGCAAACAUUUCUUUUAAAGAAGAAGUCGAGGGAAACUCAAAAGUUAUCUAUUUUGGCGUCUUUAAGAAAGUCUCAACGAACCUCUUAUUGAUUUAGAUUUCUCCGCUGGCCAGAGGAUGUCUUCUUCAAAGGUCCGAUCUUCAUUUCUUCCACCGUCGAUCCGAUCAAUGAGAAGGAAAUCGCCAGUUUCGCCGCCAAAUACGUUAGACGUAUCAAUUCCCAACUUUCGGUUUAUAAAAAUCAGACAUCCUACAGAAAAGGCUGACGUGCGGACGAUGGAUUUUUCGGCUGGGGCCGUCCUCGGCCGCGUUUUCCUGGAUGACUGUCUGACCAUCACGGAGUUCUCUGAGCAGGUGAAUCUUUUCAGACGGAGAUAGACCUAACCGGAAAAAAGUUCAGUUCGGCCAGAACUCUACGGUACCCGGCAAAGGGGAUUUUGUCCUGUGCUUCUCCACUUGCGAUCCUUACGUCGUCAGUGUCCCGCACAUCCCUCCGGCAUACAUGUACGAGAUGGACAAAACCUUGAAAACGGCCCUCAUCAAAUCGUGA